AUGAGCAUCGAGGACACAUCCGCUCAUGUGGAAAUUAUACAAAGCAAGAUCGUGAACUGGGCAAGGCAAUUACUCGAGCUUGCUGACCCAAACUCAGUGACUCACGAUGUCCUGCAAUUGGCGUUCCAUCAGAUGACCCUUUUCCUGCAUCGUCCCAGUCCAAGCUUUCCUUGCCCCCCUGACCAGGUCCUCAACGUGUGCAUGGGAGCAGCUCGAGCGAGUAUUCGUAUUGGCGCGCGGGCGGUAGAACAUCAACUUGUUCAUCAGGUCUUACCUGGCUGGCAAGGCUUCUCCAUCGUCUUCUCUUCCGGUAUCACAUUGCUGUACUGUUCAUGGUCCAGUCCGGGGUGUGCAAAUGCUAUUCAAGGGGUUGACACCAAUCUUCCGGAUCCCGACAUUGAGCUAUGCAGAGCGACUUUGAAGAGCUUAGCAGUCGUAAAGCCUGCUCAACGUUAUGGUAUGCUUUUCGAACGCCUCAUGAAUGCUUUCAACCGAAUAUCAAGAAUAUCGAUAUUGGACGUUCUGCAAGCGACGACUGCACCUGUGGACCCUCUAUACACCGUAGCAGAAGCCAUAGGUCUAGAUCUGCAUCAGGAUAUACAGCUCGACCAACAAGCAGUCGAGUAUAUAAAUAGUCUACUACAAAUGGAUAUUCAGUCACAAGCACCUGGAUGA